AUGAUGUUCAAAUCGGCAGUCUUUUUACUGGCAGCUUUGUCCGCCCCCAGCACUACCUGUGCCUUUACGACUACCAGCCCAAGCAACAGGUUCAGUCGCUCGUCUUUGGCGGUAUCUCUACAGAGUCAAGAUGACAGCAGUAGCCACAAGCAACAGGGUAGCAAUCCAUGGGCAUCCUUGGCCGUGGCGGGGACCAUUUUUGCCACCACGCUCGCUGGUUCCGUGGCAGUUCCACCUCCUGCCAAUGCCGAUGUGUAUCUGUCCACCGGAGCCAUCAUUAUCAAUACAUCGGCCAAACAGGGCGACUCGCUCCUCAAGGCCGAAGUCGACGUGAAGGAUCUGUUUGGUUCGUUGAUCAAGAAUCGCAAAGCACUCAAGGAAUCGGUGGGACGCGUGGCGGCGGUCGUCAAGGAAGAAUUGGCGUCUCCCGUGUGGACGGAACUAGGCAAGGAAGUCCUUCAAAUUGAAGGCGAUGUCACUCCGGAAAUUACACUGAGUCCACCCCGGGACGUUCAACAAACCGUGAGUGAUAUUUCCAAGGGGCGACUCAAUUUCAUUGUCAAUGGAGAAAUCAUCAAUUUGUCCGUCGACAAGACGUCGUCGCAAGGAGAAGAUGAAAUUGUCAUUCGCGCCAAGGGAGUACGAGGUGUCGGACUACCACAGUUUAAUGAACCCGCCGUCACACAAGUCCGUACGCGAUUGCAAGAUCAAAUCGAGGGCGUUUAUGAUUUCUGGUAUUCGCCCUUGGCGCUACCAGACGCCAUUAAGGAAUCGUUGCCGGAAGGAGUCGUUAUUGAUAAUGGAAGUGCCUUGGUGGGAGGAACCGUGGUGGGUCUGGGUAGUGUCUACGGACUUUCCUAUGGUUACUACCUGAAUCAACAAGCAGAAGCCGCCAAAAAGGCAGAAGCCCAACGUCAAAAGGUCGCGGAACGAAAGGCGGCAGCAGCAGCAGCGGCCGCUAAAAAAGCAGCAGAGGAAGCAGAGGAGAGCAGCUAA